AUGGGUUUGCUUCAUAGGUUCACCUGCUAUGCAGCAGUGCUGUUGUUCUGUGUCUCAGUUUCUGAAACGGCAAGCCUCGCUCUCCCGCGAAAGGACACAGACGAACAACUCCCCUACCCCGGCACAGGAAGUCAGGUCACACCGGAAGACCUAAAAGCAUUCCCUGUAAUUUCUGACAAGGAACUGGAUGGCAUUUUCUCAGAGCGCAUUGCAUACCAGUACCAGGAUUUGGAUCUGACCAGCGUGAACACGUCCUCCCAAGACCUCGCCGCCCGCCAGGCCAUCACUCGUCCCCGCAUGGUCGACUGGAGACUCAGAUGGGGUGUCUCCUGGCUCACAACUAUCCAAGACCAGAACCCAUGCAACAACUGCUGGAUCUUUGUCGCCACCGCGCUCGUGGAGUCAAUGACUCGAAUCGAGCAUGGGAUUUGGGCCAAGCGCUCCGAGGGCGACCUUCGCGACGGCCACCUGACCGAUCUGCCCCUCGCAAGCAGGCCUAAUGACUACUGCGCGCAGUCGGGAGACUACGUCAAAGCGCUGAAUUGGGUUCAGCAGAAGGGCCUCGCCGAUCCUGGUCCUACCAACACCCGGCCGACUGGAUACCGGCCCUGCGUGGACCGUUCCGGACGCACUGUCAAGAUACCUCAGGGCGUCGUCAGCCUUGGGACAGACCUGGAGAAGCAAAAAAACUGGAUCGACAAGGUUGGCCCGCUUGCUGUCGUCUAUGAUCUUGUUCAGGCCUUCGAGGGCCUCAAGGGGGAUACUGUAUUUGUUGCUCCCGCCAACCCACAGCCCGGCUCGAAGCCAAGUGGCCAGCACGUACCGCUCAUCGUAGGCUAUGAUGAUGACCGAGGUGCCUGGCUAGUGAGGAACAGCUGGGGAUCUUGGUGGGGAAAUGGCGGGUACGGAUGGAUCAAGUACGGCCAGAUGAAUGAGAACAGCUACACCAAGUUUGGUGUUCGGUAUACCGACGCUGACCCGUGGAGUCUCCGGCGGCUUCAUAAUGGAAACAUGAUUGUAAGUGGCCGCUCGGGCGUCAACCACAAGAACUUCGAGCUGGCCGUGUGCAUCAGAGGGAGCGGUCACGGUGUCCACUGGAUGCGAGCCGGUGGGGAGAACAAUGACUUCUCGUGGAAGACUAUUGCCAAUAUCUGGCAGCCGGGCGAUGCUUCCCUGAAGUGUGUGGGGCAACCUGCCAUCACCUCCUCUUUCAAUCGCAAUAUUGAUCUUCUCUACUGGUCUGCUGGCAAUAACAUUGUACGCAAGUACUAUGAUCAGAAUACCAAGACCUGGAGCCAAAAGGAGGUCUUUGGAAAUGGAAGGAUCGGUGGCUAUCCCUCGCUAGUUACGUAUCAUGGCGCAUUCGUGUGCGUUGUGCGUCAUCAGGAUGGAUCUCUCUGGCACUAUGAGACAAACGGCGGAUUCUGGAGAGCGAAUAAUGCUAUCGUGACGAAGGGAGUCCGUAUGUCGGGUCCGGCGCUUGUCCAUGCCAACGUUGGCAAAUUUGGGCAUUACUACACCGUAGCUGUUAUGGACGAUUCAACUCUCAAGCUCUUCUGGCUUGAUAAUGAUACUCCGUCAGCUCAAUGGCAACCUGGCGAGUCUUUCGGACUGCUGAUAGGGUGGACUCCUCCCGUCAUGAUCCAAACUAACUAUGCCACCUCCACUGAGCAUGGCAUCGGUGACUUCGAAGUCUUUACUGUUCUUGGCGGACGCGUGAUUCGGUACCGCCGUGAUAACACGGACCUGAGAGCAGGCCAAGUACCUAAGAACGGGGUGGAUAGAGAAGAGAGAUGGAAGUUGGUGGAAAGCUUCAACAGUCCUGACGGCAAGGUCAAGCAUGUCUGGAGCGCUAUGCAGGGUCCCUUUGGACAGCAGUUGGAGGUGGUUGUGGAGCUCGAGGACGGUAGGAUGCAGACAUUGUUCAGAGAGUGGGCAUGCAACUGUUGGAAGUUGGCUAUGGCCCCUGGCGCGUCGAUUCCGAUCUCUUAG